AUGAUGCAUCUAUACACUCUUUCUUGCAUCAUUCUAUCGUUAUUGAUAACUAAAAAAAGUAAUGGAAUUUCAAGUCCUCUUCAACCAUAUACAAGCUAUCGAUAUUCAACUGAACUUCAACGCAAUGUAGCUGAUCUUUGGUGGACAGUAAAUGAAACUCGGCAAGAAAUUACUUUUGAACUACAUAUUAAAACAACAGGAUGGAUUGCUUUGGGUAUUAGUCCAGCCGGUGGAAUGAAAGGUGCUGAUAUUGGACUUGGAUGGAUUGAUCAAGGAGGACAAGUUCAUUUUCAAGAUCGACAUGCGAAUGGUUUCUCGCGACCAGUCAUUGAUAACACAACAACAGAUUGGUUCGCACUACAAGGCCGUGAACAAAAUGGUUGGACAGCUAUUCAAUUCAAACGCUCUCUUGAUACUUGUGAUAAAAUGGAUGUUUCAAUUAAAUCUGGUACUAAUACUCUUAUUUUUGCGUAUGGUCUUGAAGAUCCCGAUAUAUCUCAACCAGAUGGCUUAAUUUAUUAUCAUGAUAGUCGAAGAGGUUCACGCAUUGUUCCUCUUCGAUCUUAUGGUAAUCCACCAUCAGAAGAAAAGUUUGCUGAUCUUGAUUAUUUUGAAUUCAAAUUGAACAAUUACGUUGUACCAGCCAUUGAAACUACUUAUUAUUGCAAAGUUUACAAAGCACCAACCAAUUUUCGACAACGAAGACAUGCAAUUGCUCGUAACAUAAUGGUUGAUUCAAAUAAUCGAGAUAUUGUUCAUCAUGUAGUGUUGUUCGAAUGUAAUCCUACAGCUGUAUUCGAUGAUAACAAUUUACCAGAGGGUAUAUGUGAUGAAAUUACUAGAAGUAUUUCUUCGUGCACUGUGAAUAUCGCCACUGUAUGGGCUGUUGGUGGUGAUGAAAUUACGACAUAUCGUCAUAUUUUAUUUGAUUUAGAUCGUCAUGAUAAUUCAGGCGUUAGAUUUUAUCUUGGAAAAGAACUUCGUCAAUAUGAACUUGGUUAUCUUAUUCUUGGUGCAGAUGUAAGUCAUUCCGCUAUUGCUAUUCCACCAGAAACUGAUCGAUUUAUACUCGAUUCUUAUUGUCCAGCUGAAGCUACACAAGGUGAUGAAUUUGCUACUCGAUGUGUUUAUAGUACAACAAAUAAAACUGAUAUAACUUUAGGUGGUGAAAGAACAAAAGAUGAAAUGUGUCUACAUUACUUUCUUUAUUAUCCUCGUAUGAAAAAUUAUCACGGUUGUCUAUCACUCAAUUCUAAAGAAGCAUGGAAAAAAGUAAUGAAUAGUUCUGAGUCAACAUUUGACUAUGGAAAACUUGGAGAAUGGUUAAAGCGACUGAAAUGGACACCGGAAUCAGUACUUCAAUGGCAGAAAUUUUAUAAUGAUGCUCCACGUUCUGUUGUGGCUGGUUUAGGAGACAAUUUUAAAUGGAUAAAUCUAACUAAAAUACCAGAAUAUGAAGACUUAAAACCAGUAGAAUGUAAAACAGAUACUUCAAAUUUUGGUAUUCAUCAAGACUAG